AUGGUAACACCUGUUGGUAAAUAUACUCGUAACAAUUCAUGUGAUAGCAGCCUUGACAAUGAUGACGACGAUGAUGAUAAUAAUGAAGAUGAACUCAGUUUAAGCUCUGAAGAUGAUCAAAAGUCGAAUAAUGUAUUAGAUAAAAAGAAUAAUACGCAAUCAAUAUGGUUUCGUGCUCAAAAACGACUUGUAGGUCGUGUCAUGCGAAAUGGACAAUCAAUUAAAUCUAUCAUUGGUAAUCGAGCUUACAAGGCAUUAACUGCUUUAUAUGCUUUGAUGAAAUUAUAUAUUAAACCUGAAAGUGAAGUGAAACAAUUAUACAAGUCAUUAGUUAAAACAAUUGGCAAAAUUGGAGUUAUCUCACAACAACGUAGUUUAUCUGAAGAAGAUUAUACAAAUAUACAUGAGAUUAAAGAGAAAAGUCGUACAAUUGGUUUAACACUGAUAAGUUUUGCUCAAACAGAUUAUACUUAUAAUUAUGCUUUUCUUAAAGAACAAUUAGAUGGCUGUAAAGAUAGUAUUUGUCAAGCUGUAACACCAUAUCUAAGUCAAAAGUCUAUUGAACGGAUUAAAUACUUUUUCAAUGUACUUAGUUCAAAUGAUUUUUUAGACGCUGUAUACAAUCAAUCAGCGAAUGAAUCUCAAAAAGCUGAAUUACGUAAUUUAGUGAAUCAUUUAAAUCUUUUAAUUAGUCAAAUGAAGUAA